AUGGCUCUGGAAAGUGAGCGGAAGAUCCUUGUGAUCAAUCCAAAUACCACUCAAGCCAUGACCGAUGCCGUCAAACACCUCAUAUCCUCCCUACAAUACAGCACAACUUAUGAAUACUUCACCGCGCCCUCAGGCGUACCAUCUAUCAACAACGAAGACGAUGCCGUGGUUUCUGCUUCGCAUUGUCUCCCAGCCCUGGAAGACAAGCUCUCCAAGUACAAUGCGUUCUUAGUAUGCUGCUACUCUCAUCAUCCAUUGGUUUCUCUCCUACGUUCUGCAUUAAACGACCAGAAUCUUCACGCGACCGUAACGGGGAUUUUUGAGGCGUCGGUUGCGAUAAGCUUGCAGAGUAUCAACAUCGAUGAGAAAUUUGGAAUCGUAAGCACAGGGUCGCAGUGGGAGGGCAUUCUGGGCGAGGCUGUGUCGGAGCUACUGGGUAGCAGUUCUAGCACGAGGUAUGCGGGGACUGAGACGACAGGUUUGAAUGCGAACGAGCUCCAUUCUGCGCCCGAGGCUGAAGUGGCUCGUCGGAUGAAGGAAGCUACCAAGAGGCUUCUCGACAAGAGAGCCGUGGCGAUCUGCUUAGGCUGUGCCGGAAUGGCGGGCAUGAAUCGUACUGUAAGAGAAGCAUGCGUGGAGCAACUGGGAGAACAGGCUGGGCAGCGAGUGAAGAUUGUAGAUGGAGUUGUAGCGGGAUCAAUCUUCCUUGAAGGAGCACUGAGAGCAGGUUUGUAG